AUGGCUUUGGCUGCUUUUGGGUGCUCAACAGCUGUUGUGGUUAUAAAUGCCAUUUCACUAGCAUUCUUGAUUUUAGCUACCAUCACAGCUCCCGUUGUGACUUCAUUAGGAUUAGCUGAAGCAGAUGGUAAUAGAUUUGGUGUCUUUGGUCAUUGUUCAACCGGUGGUUCAUCUUGUUCAACUGCUACUUUCCCUUAUGAUGCUGUAUCUGUUGGUCAAACAAAUGAUUGGAAAAUGGAUGAUAAUGCAAGAACAACUUUAUCCAAGAUCCUUAUUGUUGCACCAAUUGCUGCUGGUUUAACAUUAAUCUCAUUCAUUUUCAACUUUUUCGCUCAUUUCAAAGCUUUUGGUUCUUCAUUAGCAUUUUAUUUGAUUGGUUUUAUCUUUACUUUAUUGGCAUUUUUCGCUUCAGCUGUGAUUUGUAUUGUUACAUUUUUAUUGUUCUUCCCACAUGUUACUUGGUUAGCUUGGUUAUUAAUUCCUGCAACUGUCUUAAAUCUCUUUGCAGUUCCAUUAGUUUUCUUUGCCUUGAGAACUACACCAAGAAAAUUUGAUGAUGAAGAAGAAGAUGAAGAAACUGAAGAUAAAAAUUUAACAGAUUUAAGUGAUGGUGAUAAUUUUAGAUCAAAUAAUGAAUUUAAAUUAGAUGAUUUCACUGGUCCACCAAAUGCAGGUUUUACAAAUAAUAAUUUACAUUCCACUUCAUCAAGUGAAAAAAACAUUCCUGUUUCAAGUUUAAAAGUUAUUACAAAUGAUUCAUCUUCAAUUAAUGAUCAAAGAUCAGGUUUAGAUAAGGCUACUAUUCAUGAUUAUUCAACUAAUAAUGUUCCAACCAAAAAUUUCAAUUAUAAUGGUAAAAUUCAAACUCAACAUUAUGGUAACCCAGAAGGUACACCAAAUCUUGUUUCUUCACAAAAUUAUGGUAGAGGUGGCGCUAUUCGUUCAGAAGCUCCUGCUUUUAAACCACAAUCAGCUAAACCAGAUUAUAGUACUGCUGCUACAUCUUUAUAUCCAAGAAGUGCAUAUCAAUCAACACCUCCUCAAUCUGCAAGAUUCCAACAAAGACCUGUUCAACCACCACAAAGAAUCCAACAACCUGGUUAUCAAAGAAGUCAACAAGGCUCGGUUUCAUCUGGUGGUGCGCCAUCAAAUGGUCCAAAUAGUGCACCGGUCUCUGCACCAGUCUCUGCUCAAGCUCCAGUUACCAACUCAUCUGUUUAUGAUGAACAACAUGGGUUAGAAGGUCAAAAUGUUUUAGGUAACUCAAGACAUGGUUCUUCAGCUAACUCAGAUGAUUAUGACAAUGAAUUAAAUGAUAAUGAUUCAGAUUUCACUUCAGUAUCCCAAAGAGCUGUUAAUCCACGUUAUUAUCGUGGUGCUAAUGCAGCUCCAACUUUAUUCCCAAAUCAAGAACAACAACAGUUGGUCUCACCUGUUAAUGCUCCAGCUCCAGCUCCAGCUCCAAUUUCAACCGCUGCUGCUAAUGCCCCACAGCAAAACUAUUAUCCAUCAAAUGUUGGUUCUAGACCAGUGAUUACACCUCAACAACAAUCAUUCCCAGAUCAUACUUCUUCAUAUUAUAGUCCAAGUAAUGGUGGUCCAGUUUCAGGUCAAUUCUCACCACAACAAUUUAACAGUCCAUCAUUCUCUGGUCAAAUGCCUUCCCAACCCCCACAACAACCAAGAGUUCAAAGACAAAAUACAUCUGAUGCAUUAUUAUCUACUAAUCCAGAUUUUAUGAUUUCAGGUCCAGCAUUCCAAAAACAAAAUAAUGUUAAGAGAAUUAAUCCAGCAAAUACCCCAACAUAUCGCCCAGCUUAUAAAAGAAAUCAACCUGGUGCUAAUAAAAUAUCAGCAGCUUCAUUAGCUGGUGAUAGUCCCUAUAAUUUUAAAUGA